AUGUCGGAGGAGCCGGCCCCCGGCCCCAAGGAGCGGCCGCCGGCGCCGCGCGCUGGCCCCCGCGAGGUGUGGAAGAAGGGUGGCCGCCUGCUGUCGGUGCUCCUGGCCGUGAACGUGCUGCUCCUCGCCUGCACACUGGUCAGUGGCGGCGCCUUCAACAAGGUGGCCGUGUACGACACCGACGUUUUUGCGCUGCUCACUGCCAUGAUGCUGCUGGCCGCGCUGUGGAUCCUCUUCUACCUCCUGCGCUCGGCACGCUGCCCCGACGCCGUCCCCUACCGCGAUGCGCACGCCGGUCCCAUCUGGCUCCGAGGUGGGCUGGUGCUGUUUGGGACCUGUACACUCGUCAUGGAUGUCUUCAAGACCGGCUACUACUCCAGUUUCUUCGAGUGCCAGUCGGCCAUCAAUAUCCUGUACCCCCUUAUCCAGGCUGUGUUUGUCAUUCUCCAGACUUACUUCCUCUGGGUCUCUGCCAAGGACUGCAUCCACGUGCACCUGGACUUGACCCGGUUUGGGCUCAUGUUCACGCUCACCACCAACCUGGCCAUCUGGAUGGCAGCCGUGGUGGAUGAGUCUAUACACCAGUCACACUCCUACAGCAACUCGCCCAGCAACACCAGCUACUCCCGCCUGGCCACUGACCGUGAGUGCCUGCCAGCCCUCGGCUGGGUCAACUCCUCCUGCUCCUGCAGCACGGCAGCCUGCCAGGUCUUCCAGCAGGGAUACUUCUAUCUGUACCCCUUCAACAUCGAGUACAGCCUCUUUGCGUCCACCAUGCUCUACGUCAUGUGGAAGAACGUGGGUAGGCUGCUGACCGCCCCCCAAGGCCACGGCCAUGGCCACAGUCCGUCUCGGGUCAGUCUCUUCCGUGAAACCUUUUUUGCUGGCCCCAUCCUGGGCUUGCUGCUCUUUGUGGUGGGCCUGGCCGUCUUCAUCAUCUACGAGGUCCAUGUGAGCGAGGAGGGGGCCCGUACUCAGCAGGCCCUGGUCGCCUACUACAGCUUCCAUAUCGUCUGCCUGGGGCUCAUGACCUUGGUCAGCCUGAGCGGCUCCAUCAUCUACCGUUUCGACCGGCGGGCCAUGGACCAACAUAAGAACCCCACCCGCACCCUGGACGUGGCGCUGCUGAUGGGCGCCGCCAUGGGCCAGUACGCCAUCUCUUACUACUCCAUCGUGGCCGUGGUAGUGGGCACUCCCCGGGACCUGCUGACCGGCCUCAACCUGGCCCACGCCCUGCUCAUGAUCGCCCAGCACACCUUCCAGAAUGUGUUCAUCAUUGAGAGUCUGCACCGGGGACCACCUGGGGCUGAGUCCCCCCAGGCAGCUCCCAAGGAGCCCUGCCAAGGCCUCACCUUUGUCAACCUGGAUGCCCUCCACACCUUGCCCGCCUGCCCCCCAACACCUGACCUGGCCAUCCCCAGCCCAGCAGGCCCUCCAGAAGCAGCAGCCAUCAUCUCAACCCCCAGGAGCCACUGGAGGCGCCGGUGUCUGAAGGAUAUUUCUUUGUUCCUCCUGCUUUGCAAUGUCAUUCUCUGGGUCAUGCCAGCCUUUGGGGCGCGCCCUCACUUCAGCAACACGGUGGAGGUGGACUUCUACGGCUACUCCCUCUGGGCCGCCAUCGUGAACAUCUGCCUGCCUUUCGGCAUCUUCUACCGCAUGCACGCCGUGUCCAGCCUGUUGGAGGUUUAUGUGCUGUCCUGA